UACCAGGCGGCCAGGCCAGGGAGUCGGACUCGAUCAUAAAUCUCCGACUACGACUCGACUCCCUGCUCUUCAUCCACGAAAAUAUCACGGUUUCCGUCGGAACGAGUGCCAUUUUUGCCUAUGCAGGCCAGCCGCAACUGUAGGCUUUUAUUUUUCUGACUGUCUCCAUUCUUUACUCUAUGCAGAUUACUUACCUCAAUUUCAAAUCAAUGUAUCAAUCUUGACUACUACCACCGGUAUUGCUAGGAUAUUAUUCAUUAUCAUCAUUGGUUUGUGCGUUCAAUAAAACACCUUUUCAGUAGGAUUUAGUAGAAUUUAUCAAGCAAGACAUAAGCUGCUAUUGGCAAAAUGUCUUGGACGUUGGCGCUUCACGGUGGUGCUGAAAACGUGAGUCUUGACGAAGAUCGCAAGGAGUACAAAGAUGCGUUAGCGGCCUGUCUGGAUCGUGGUGCGAGUGUUCUCUCCGAGCGCUCGCCGCCCUCGUUCUCUCCCUAUGCUCAUCUGAACAUAGCCACGCAGGCCGUCAUUGAAACAGUCAUGGCUCUGGAAGACUGUGAUCUGUUCAAUGCUGGUCACGGAUCAUUGUUCAAUGAGGACGGCCUGUUUGAGAUGGACGCCCAAGUUAUGGAUAACCGUGGCCACUGCGGUGCGUGUGUGGGACUGUCGAGAAUCCGAAAUCCUAUCCUGGCGGCCGAGAAGAUCAUGAGCAACACCCCACACGCACUCGUUACAAGUCCAUCGGCUGAGGAGUUCGCUAUUAAGCAUGGACUCAGGACAGAGACUCACCAGUAUUUCCACACUGAGCGGCGAUUCAAAGCAUGGCAGGCAGUUCGCGAAGCCAAGAAAACGGCGUCGGGGCAGGACGGAGCAGAUGUUAACGAGCACUGCCGUGGCACUGUCGGUGCCGUUGCUAAAGAUAAGCAGGGCAAUAUCGCCUGUGCUGUUUCUACUGGAGGCACAAUCGACAAGAUGCGUGGCAGAGUUGGGGAUUCCCCCAUCAUAGGCGGUGGCUGCUAUGCUGGAUCGAGCGCCGGGGUGUGUGGAACAGGCAAGGGUGAGGUGUUCCUCUACCACAACACAUGCGGUCGUAUCUGCGCGGCCAUGGACUAUGCGGGCUUGUCGCUGCAGGAUGCGUGCGAGAGGGAGAUGAGCGCGAUGGCCGCUGGUUCCGGUGGCGUCAUCGCCAUUGACAGCGACGGUGGGUGUGUGAUGCAGCACAGUACGCAAGCAAUGCCGCGCGCCAUGCAAGACUCGGCGGGCCGUCGGAAAAUUGCCAUCUGGAAGGAGUGGGAAGAAAACCAAGAAGUCUCGGAGUGAAAUCGUGCACCGGGUGACUUAGAUCACAAUGAUAUUUGCCAACCACACAUCCACGCACACGUACAGUUCCUGAACAAGCGUGUGCACGUGCGCUGAAAGCUCUCAAGGCUAACAUUCCAACUUCAGUCUAGCAUAGUGUUGGUUGAGAAAUACACAGUGGGACUAAUUCAGUGCCUCUUACACUACCUCCCCAUAUUAUUAUAUAAUAAUUAUUAUAUACCCUUGUCGUAAUUGUACAAUGUCGUGUACCUCAUGUAUUGGUGUUCGGCUUGUGAUUCUGAGGCUUUGCUUCUUGA